AUGAUUCGCGAUGGUAUGCUGAAAGGUGUCUUGCCUGUGGAAAUUCCCGAAGAUGGUAUUCAGGACGACAUGUAUGGAGGAGCAACCAGCAGCUCCAUUGAAGCGUUCAAUAUCGAUACUCCAAAUCAUAUUAUGGUGCCUGACUUCAACAACGGAAGACGUUUCAGAAUUAAUCUCCGCACUCCAUCUGACAUUGCGAUGCACUUCAAUCCACGAUUUAAUGAGGACACAGUUGUUUUCAACUCAACAUCUGGUGAUAACUGGCAGAACGAAGAAAGAGUGUCAUUGCCUUUUCACCAGGGGAGAGUUUAUACCAUCGAGUUUGUAGGACUUGAUAACCGAAUUCAGACACUCGUGAAUGGAGUUAUUUUUCACGAAUUCAAUGAGCGUAUACCAAGCAACGAGAUCAGAUCCAUUGGAAUGGAAGGAGCUGUACACAUUCACUCGCUUAUAUAUGUUUAG